AUGGUGUCCGCCGACGGCCGCUGUUGCCAGACGUUUGGGGCCCGUGGUUCUGAGCCGACGUUUCUCAACGAUGCUUUUCUCUUCAUCGAGAAGGGGCACAUGGACGGCGCCUGUGUGACGGCCCAUGGCACGACGGCCUCCUUUGUUCAGCCCACCGUCUUGACCGACGUCAUGUCUGACAUGCGCAUCGCAUUGGAAGAGACAUUCGGUCCUGUGGCCGGUGUCUUUCGGUUCAUGACCGAGGCCGAGGUGCUCGAUCUCGCAAAUGGCACGGAGUUUGGCCAGGCCGCAUACGUCUUCAGCCGAGACGUGCAUCGGGCGAGGCGGGUGGCUCGGCCGCUGGACGCUGGUAUAGCUGGCCUCAACACGCGCGUCAUCAGCGAUGCGGCGGCGCUAUUCGGCGGUGUCAAGUCAAGCGGGUUUGGUCAGGAGGGCAGCAAAUACGGCAUUGAGGAGUACAUGAUGGUCAAGACCAUCAUACUGGGUGCCAAGAGGGUGCAGCGUCGUUUGUAG